GGAAUUCAGCACGAAUAUCUCAAACCGUCCUUCUAUAUUUAGACCCCGAGGUGUGAGAAUUUUGUGUACGCGGUGUCAGCGCAGAGUCCGUGAUUCGUAAAACUUGAUCAGAGUGCUUCCGUUGGCUAUUAAAGGCACAUCCUGAACUUCCACUUCGGAUUACUGAGCCAAGUUCAAGUAUAAUAACCCCGCAGGAACUUCUCAAAUCACUACAAUGUCAGCUUUAAAUUCCAACGUACCGUUUAUCGCCGCAAUUUUACGACCGCGGCGCUUGAUCGACUGCUCCGCGAAGAUAUCAAAAUCAAGCGGUGUCAUACGUAUCGUAAUUACAGACGCAAAGAUGUGCCACGCUUCAUAGAGAUUGGCGAAGACGCGUAGCACGCGCGCGUACGAUUGAAGAAUAACGAGAGAUCUCGCGACAGACAAAUUACGCGAAAAUGUGCGCACGGGUCUUGGCGUGUCCGCUGUGCUCGCAGCCUGGCUUCCUGACGCUCGACGCGCUGCGAGCCGGACUCGUGAGCGUAGCGACUCGACCCCUCGUGUGUCCCGUCUGUAACGAGGUGCUGCUAGGCAUAGACAAAUUAACCAUACAUCUGUUUGGUCACACGAUCAAUCUGAGCAGUUGCACGGCAGAGUCGUCCAAGUCCACGAACGUCGCUGCCGCCGACGAGCGUCUGAUCGCCGUCCACAACGCGCACAACGUGGUUCCGCAGGACUGGAAUGUGCUGAGGCAACUGGGCAGAGCUUCGAGCGGCAGCAACAGGACUCGCGCGGAACCGUCAGACUCUGGUAUGCCGAAUGCAGCGGACAACAUCUCUACCGUAGAUUCCCGGCCCAAAGCGCAAAGUCUAACGGGAGGCGCGUGUCAGGCAAGUUUCGUGGAGGAUUACGAUCGUGAUGUGAUCAAAGUGAACAUCCACCCGCAGUCAGAAUCGCACGGGAAUCACGACGCGGUCCAGCGAGCUACCGCGAAUCUGCAACAAGGGACACUGAAAGCAAAUUGUGCGACGCAAUACUUUUGUAGCGACAAUGUCAGGCAUUUGAACGUACCUCGGGAAGCUGCGCGGGCGGAGAAAACGGCCGUGUCAGAUUUAAUUGUUGCGACGAAGGUGGCUGUGGGUGCCAACAUCUAUCGAGACAGGCUCGGAAGGGAGUGCGUUGAAUCGAACGGCGGUCAGCGUGUCCUGAGAGAAGGGCUAAUAAGGGACUUAAUUGAGGAAGAACUCCCGAAUUUCCAAUCGGUCCAGAAUGCAAUGGCAAAUGUUUACGCGAGAGAGUCACCGGAGGAGCGCGACGGUGAGGAGAGCUCAUCCAACGCGAAGAGUACGACGCACGAAACGAAUUCCGGGGAACCGAAUCCAGAUUUGGAACACAGGCAAAUGUUGCCGCAGGCGCAAACAAGUGCUAAAGCCUUUCGUGCGAUAGCGCCGAAGGAGAAGACGGAGAGAUGUAACGUGUGCGGCUUUCACUUUCCCGACACCAACAUCCUGACUUUACACAAACAAUUGGUGCACGAGCAGGUGAACUCGUGCAGCAACAGCCCGGAGAGAGUUCCGAAGAAUUACUCUUGCCAUCUGUGCUCGAAGGUGUUCAAAAUGCGCGGCAGCUUAAUGGUGCACAUGAGAGUGGCGCACGUUGGACAUAAUUCGGGUUCUUUUUCCAAGGACGACCAAAUUGAAGUCGCAUGCGGCGACGCCGGAUACACGUGUCCCACGUGCGGGAAGAAAUUCAAGAAAGAGCAGCACGUGAUACAGCACUUGAAGACGCACGAGGGCAAGCAGUGGGAGUGCGACACUUGCAGCAAGAUGUUCACGACGAAGUACUUCCUGAAGAAGCACAAGCGACUGCACUCGGGCGAGAUGCCGUACAAGUGUAAAUUAUGCGACAAGAGCUUCACCUUCCAGCAGUCGUAUCACAAGCACAGGCUGUACCACAAGGACGACAAGCCGCACACCUGCGCGACGUGCGGCAGAUCGUUCAAGGAGCUCUCCACCUUGCACAAUCACGAGAGGAUUCACACCGGCGAGAAGCCGUUCGCGUGCGAGACAUGUGGAAAGUGUUUCCGCCAGCGUGUUUCGUACUUAGUCCACCGUCGAAUUCACACGGGAGUGAUGCCUUAUAAAUGCACAAUGUGUGGCAAAUGCUUCCGAUACAAGGUGAGUCAGAGAACCCAUAAAUGUCCCGUGCAAACGUCGGGCAGCGUCCAGCGGUUGAUGUCCGAGGCCGCACGGGAGGCCGACAACAGCACGGUCGGGCCGCAGAUCGCCGACAAUCUGCAAGAAGGUCAAUCGAUGACGAGCACCGCCGACAGCGAGGAGAAUAAAUUUGUGCUGAUAAUAAACGUCCAAGGGCAGCACGUUUUGGCGCUGCAGUCGGAGAUAGAUAGCGUGUCCUCCGAGAGAAAGGAGCCAGGCGUCGAGUUCGGGGACGCCAGCGAGAAUUCGAAGAGCAAGACGUGGGACGCUAACGAUCUUAAUAACGCGGGACUCGAAGACUCGGCGGGGUCGAUCGAGAGGGUGCGAACGGAAGGCCAGGAGAAGAUCGACGCGAAGAGCACGAACGACUUCUUCUCCAUGGUGAUGUCGCCCCUCGGGACCGGCAUGUCGUCCCCGACGUUCGACAUGGAGCACCUGAGAGUGUCCUCGCCCAAGCGUAAAGAGGAUCCGAUGGGUUCCUACACCGACUGCUUCCCGCAGGUCUCCGACAGCGUGCAGAUCAAUCUGGGGCCAGGCGUGGAGCAAGGCUUCGGCCACAAGGACGUCGCCGAUUCCUUGCAAACCAUAAAUGAGGAUUCGCUGAAGGAACUGCUGUACGGUAUGGACAGAAAAUGAUGCAAGUACAUACAACUUACAACUUGAUAGUACAAACUAACGAGAUACAUUUUAGAUCCUUUAUAGAUGAAUAUUGUAGAGAAGAGAGAUAUUAUUUAUUUCAAGUGCAAAACUUGAAAAUUGUUAUGUGAUUGUUGCAAUUCAACCAUCUGCACAUAUUGACCGUGUAGACAAAAGAUAUCAACAGCUAUAAUUUAUUAGUCUUAGAAAUAAUUGAUUAACAACAAAUCUGGCAGCUGUACAUUGAUUGCUAGUGUUACAAAGACUGUUAUAAAAAAAUAUUGAAGUGCAAAAGUAGUGCAAUUUGGAUGAAAUAUAUCCGAUAUAUUUUAAAGCUGAAGAAGCGAUGAAAUAUCAGUGUUUGGGUAUUUCAUCUGCCAAUCUUGCAAGAUAUCUUUAUCUUUUGUUGUUAUAAAAAAACUUGAUGUAAAAGUUACAGUAAAAGCGUAAAAGUAAUUGCGUACGCUUAUUGUAAAUGUACACAACUAUUCGUUACAAGUCGCGUAAUAUCCUCAAUUCAUACGAUCGUUAUUGCAAAUAUAAAGUCUUCAAACGCCGGCGAAUAUCGUGACGAAAAUACACAAUAUCGAAAUACCAAAUUAACGAAUAAUAAAACGCCGUCUUACGAGAGCAACUUGAAAUGUUUUCUGAAAACUUACCCCAUGAUCAGAAUGUCUCGUUAAUAAAAUUACGGGAUUACAAGAUACAAAGCAACAUAACCUCCCAUGCUUUGUUGACAUAGCGCUCUCGGUGGAAUCGCGACGGACAUCAUCUGUUCUUCAGGUCUGUUCCUCGCGGCUGAACGGUGUACAGUUUGUGUACUUGAAAAAAUGAAAUAAACAUAUAUUUUGGAA